GUAUUGUGCUGGACUCUGGAGACGGUGUCAGCCACACUGUGCCCAUCUACGAGGGUUACGCCCUGCCCCACGCCAUCCUCCGUCUGGAUCUGGCUGGCAGAGAUCUGACUGACUAUCUGAUGAAGAUCCUCACAGAGAGGGGCUACAGCUUCACCACCACCGCUGAGCGUGAAAUCGUGCGUGACAUUAAGGAGAAGCUGUGCUACGUGGCUCUGGACUUCGAGCAGGAGUUGCAAACAGCAGCUUCCUCUUCCUCUCUGGAGAAGAGCUACGAGCUUCCUGAUGGACAGGUCAUCACCAUCGGCAACGAGAGGUUCCGCUGCCCCGAGGCGCUCUUCCAGCCUUCAUUCCUUGGAAUGGAGUCUGCUGGCAUCCACGAGACGAACUUCAACAGCAUCAUGAAAUGUGACGUGGACAUCCGUAAGGAUCUGUACGCCAACACUGUGCUGUCCGGAGGCACCACAAUGUUUCCCGGCAUCGCUGACCGCAUGCAGAAGGAGAUCUCCGCCCUCGCCCCACCCACCAUGAAAAUCAAG